UCUCGGUAAACAAUUAGAGAAAAAGGGCUAUUAUUUUAAAGCUUUGAAAGAAAUGGAGGAAGCUACCAAUGGGGAAUCAAAUGAAGAGUUUCGGAAAAUUAAGAAAGGGUUGUUGCAAAGUGACGAGUUACUUCAGUAUAUUUUGGAGACUAGUGUGUAUCCAAGGGAGCCACAACCUCUCAAAGAAAUAAGGGAUGCAAGUGCACACCAUCAAAAGAAGAUGAUGCUGACAACACCUGAUGCUGGACAAUUAAUGGUCUUGCUCUUAAAGCUUAUUAAUGCAAAGAAGACAAUUGAGAUUGGAGUAUUCACUGGAUACUCUCUUCUUCUUACUGCUAUUUCAAUACCUGAUGAUGGCAAAAUAAUAGCCAUUGAUAUAGAUCGAGAGGCAUUUGAACUAGGGUUUCCCAUUAUCGAAAAGGCUGGUGUGCAACAUAAAAUUGACUUUAUCGAGGCUCCUGGUCUUGAAGUGCUUGAUAGACUCCUAGAAGAUCCCAACAAUGAAGACUCGUUCGAUUAUGUUUUUGUGGAUGCGGACAAGGAUAACUAUAUAAAUUACCACGAGAAGUUGAUGAAGUUGGUGAAGAUUGGUGGAUUAAUUUUAUAUGAUAAUACACUUUGGUUCGGAACAGUAGCCUUACCAAACUGUUUGGUUCCUGAGAAAAUGAAGUAUGAUAGAGAUCAUAUUAUCAAGUUUAACAAGGCCUUGUCAGAUGAUUCCCGAAUACAAAUAUCACAAGUCCCGGUCGGUGAUGGACUCACAAUAUGUCGUCGCCUUUACUAGAACUCAUGAUUUGUUAUGAUGUUUAUGGUAGAAACACAUCUUUGAAUAAAGGGGAGAAAGCACUUAUCUAGUAGUAUUCUCAA